AUGGCGCUCCGCGCGGCGGGCAAUUGUCAGUUGGCGGUUCUGAAGAGGACAAGCCCCGAAAAAGGCGUGUGCAGUGUCGGAUCGCAUCGCGGCACCACACAAGGGCACCCGCGGCCACCAGUUCAGUCACGUUGGGUACAUUGUGGUGCUGCCACCAACAGCGGUGAUUGGAGUGACACAUUCAAUGGGUCUGACGAUCGCCAGGGCUCCUUCACUGGGGUAGAGAGGGUCAUUCAGGAUGUCUUUUACAACAACCAGCCACCUGGGCGCAGUGACUGGGAAGAAAUCGAGAACUGUUGGGUUCUGCGGCCCCCUCCUGGCACCGAGCCUGUGGCUGUUGUGCAUUUUGUUGGGGGAGCCUUUGUUGGCGCGGCUCCGCAACUGGCGUACAGGCAACUGUUGGAAAGCCUUGCAGAGCGAAAAGUGUUGGUGGUUGCCACACCGUUCAGCACUACCUUUGACCACUUGCGCGCAGCUGAUGAAGCUCAAUUCAAGUUCGACAGUGCAAUGACUGCCAUAGGAGAGUAUGCAGAGGAGCUUCCCGUGUAUGGGGCAGGACACUCUCUUGGUGCACUCAUCCAUCUGCUCAUCAGCUCGAGGUACGCUUUAGAGCGGGCUGGCAACGUGCUGAUGUCGUUCAACAACAGGCCAGCCACCGAGGUUGUGCCACUGCUGGCACAGCUGGGGCCCUCCUCUACCUUGUUGGGGCCAGUUCUGAGCCAGCUGGCGUCAUCUCCACUUCGUCCCACAGCAGAAAUGCUCCAAGGCAUGCUGAAGGGCAUCAGCCCCUCCCUCAUACGCCAGAUAAUUCCCUUGGCUGAGCAGCUGGCCCCAAUAUACAUGGACGUGACUCAAGGGCGCCAGGAAUUCUCCCCCUCGCCAGAAGAGACACGGAACAGGAUUCGAUCUUUCUAUGGUGUUCGCCGCAACCUUCUGUUGCAGUUCACUGAUGACCAGAUGGAUGAGAGCGAUGAGUUAGCAUCGAUGAUUCAGGCGUCUGGAAUCGGGGGCAUUCUGGACAUGACCAUUCGCACACUACCAGGCGAUCAUGCUCGACCCAUGCAACAAGCCAUGGUGGACCUGCCACCCAGUGUGGCCCAGGCUGCAAACCAGGCAUGCGAGACGGGAGGUGACAUCAUCGGCCAGCUGUCAAAGAUGGCGGCAGACGCCGGCCAAGCUGAGGGUUCGGAUCAACUGGAUCAGCUUUCAAAGAGUGUGAGCAGCAUGGCGUCCUUUUUCGGAGGCGAUGCAGGAGGUCCAGCGGCCAGCAGUAUUGCUGCGCUGGCAGACGAGAUUGCGGGGUGGAUGGGCGCCGGGCUGGCUCCCAGGGCCCUGCCCGCUGGUCGAGCUUCUGCGCAGCCAUCCACGCCAACGUGA